UUCCUCCGUUUUGUUCUAAUUUCUACAUGUUAGAGUUGGUUAUUUUCAUCUAAGAAAUUUUUUUUUAUCUCUCAUUUUUGCUGGUAAAAAAAAAUCAAAAUAUCACCAGCAAAAUGAGUCGUUCAAUUGCUCCUCUACUUUGUAUCUUCCUCCUUUUGGCCACGUCCUCUGCCUCGGCCUUUAAUAUCACAAGGAUUCUAGGCCAAUAUCCUGAUUACAGCACUUUCAAUGAUCUUCUUUCGAAAUCCGGCUUAGCCACUGACAUUAACAAAAGGGGUACAAUUACACUCUUGGCAGUCCCAAAUGGUGCUAUUGGUGAUCUUGCCUCGAAAUCCGAUGAUAUUCUCAAGAGGGUGUUGUCUACACACGUCGUGUUGGAUUACUAUGACCCAAUGAAACUCCAAAGGAUGAAGGAGAAGACAGCAAAAAUGACAAAUAUGUUCCAACAAUCAGGGACAGCAGCAUAUGAUCAAGGUUUCUUGAAUGUUACUGCUAAAGAUGGUACCUUUGUAUUCGGAUCAGCUGUUGUAGGCUCUGUGCGUGAUUCCAAGCUUGAAAAAUCUGUCAUGAACCAGCCAUACAACGUCUCAGUUCUUGGAAUUUCUAAGCCAAUUGUGACACCUGGUCUUGAUGGAACAAUGGCACCUAUCUCAGCCCCACCACCAAAGGUGCCCGCGCCUAAGAAAUCACCCGUAGCAGAGUCCCCUGCUGAGGAGGAGGAAGCAGAGUCCCCUUCCCAAGAAGAAGAAGCAGAGUCUCCUUCUGAAGAAGCAGAGUCUCCUUCCGAAGAUGAUGAUGAUGCCGAUUCACCAGCACCCUCACCGAAUGCUGAUUCAGCUCCAGCCGAUGCUGCACCACCACCAUCAUCAGCUGGAAAAUUGAAGGCUUCCUUUGGUUUAUUUGUUGUUUUGGCAUCAGUGGUUGCUGCUUAUUAAAAGGGAGGGUUUCCAAAAAAAAUAAAUAGUAAUGGGUUGGAAAUAUAUGAAUUUUAUUUCUACAUUAGGGAUCAUUUGAGAUGUAUAUGGUAAGGAAAAUCCCAAUAUUUCGAUGUGACUUAAUAAAAUCAUAAUUGUAAGUUUAGUAAUCA